CCACGCACUCUGCUUAGUCUAUCUCUCUCUCUCUUUGGGGCUCUGCGCACGGCGGGAAAAGACAACUUUUCCUUUUGCCCCAAAACCUCCCUCCAAAAUCAAAAGCGAACAUCUCCAUCGCCAUCCGAUUCCCUCCAAAACCCUAAUUUUCACAACCCCAUUUUCCAUUUCUCUUGCGAACUUCUGUGUAAUACCCCCUUUUGCUCUCAGCUACUUCCCUUGAUUGCCGCUAUUUUUGGGGGUGUUUUGUUGCCGGAGGGAGCAGAAGUGGUCGGAGCUUUUGCUCUCUCUCUCUCUCUCUCUCUCUCUCUCUCUCUGCGUUUCUCUUUUGCUUUUCUUGUCAAUGGCAUUUCCUCUCGAGCAGCGGCCAAAGCCACCGAUUUUAGACGGGGAAGAUGGAGAUGAUAUCAAUAUCGAUGUUUAUAAUGCUGGGACUCCGAUUCGGUACCUUUCUCUUGAUCAUGUCUACUCCACUACGUCUCCGUUUGUUAGUACAAGUGGGUCUUCGAAUGUAAUGUCCAAGAAGGUGAAAGCCCGGAGGCUUCUGGUGAAUCACUUCGACGAUCUUAAUUUCAAGCCGCCUCGUUUGCUUCAUGUCUAUUCUCGCCGCCGGAAGAAACCCCGCCAUUCGUCUGUCAGUUCGUCUGUGUACGACUCUUUGGUUGAGGAGGUCGAAUUGGGCUCCAAAACUGUUAUGAAAUCUGAAGCUUGUGAGAUUGAUGAGAUGGUCAAUGGUGUGGACGAUCUUGUAGGCGAAUUCGAAGUUGAUAGAACUCCGAAGAAGAAGAAGAAGGAUAACUUUGGGUGCAACGAGCUUGUUAAAUUGGAGGUUAAUUCCAGUGUUAUUCGUGCAAUGAAUGGUCCUAGGUUGAGAGACUGCCGUACUCAUAGCAAUAACAAUAAAAAUUCUGGACGGAGAAAGAAGCGCAAUUCUUCACAAAUUUCUGAGAAGACUAUGUUCAAAUCUCCUACUGCUAAGAGAUGGGUCAGGUUAAGUUUUGAGGAUGUAGACCCGAAAGUGUAUAUUGGAUUACAAUGCAAGGUUUAUUGGCCAUUGGAUGCUGAUUGGUACCAUGGUCGUGUUGUGGGUUAUGAUUCAGAGACUGGUCGUCAUAAUAUUGAAUAUGAAGAUGACGACAAAGAAGAUUUGGUACUUUCAAAUGAGAAAGUCAAAUUCUAUAUUUCUGGUGAAGAGAUGCAGUCUUUGAACUUGAGUUUUGGUGUCGAUGGCAUAGAUAGCGAUGCUUAUGAAUACAAUGAGAUGCUCGUAUUAGCAGCAACCUUGGAUGACUACCUGGAACCUGAACCUGGGGAUAUUGUUUGGGCUAAACUUACUGGUCAUGCUAUGUGGCCAGCAAUUAUAGUGGAUGAAUCACUCAUUGGUGAUCGUAAGGGCUUAAGAAAUAUUUCAGGAGGUAGAACGGUCCCUGUUCAAUUUUUUGGUACACAUGACUUCGCAAGGAUUAAAGUAAAACAGGCGAUCUCAUUUCUCAAAGGUCUUCUUUCUUUUUUCCACCAGAAAUGCAAAAAACCACACUUCAUUCGGAGCCUAGAAGAGGCAAAAAUGUAUCUUAGUGAGCAGAAACUUCCGCCAAGUAUGCUACAGUUGCAAAAUGGAAUUGAAGUGGAUGAUUUUGCAAGUGCAAGUGGAGAGGAAGAAGGGACAACAGAUUCAGGGGAAGAAUGCCUGAAUGAAGCAGGGAUGCCUUGUCCACCCAAUGGAUAUGGAUCUUCUCCAUUUAUGGUUGGGGAUCUGGAAAUACUAAGCCUUGGAAAGGUCGUGAAAAACUCUAAAUAUUUCCAGAAUGAUGGGUCUGUAUGGCCUGAAGGGUAUACAGCUGUGAGGAAAUUUUCUUCUUUAACUGAUCCCAAUGUCCGUACUUCAUAUAAAAUGGAAGUUUUGAGAGAUUUUGAAUCAAAAUUUCGACCUUUAUUUAGAGUAACGUUGGAUAAUGGAGAGCAGUUUAAAGGAUCCUCUCCAUCUGCUUGCUGGAAUAAAAUAUACAAAAGGAUGAGGAAAAUACAACAUAUUUCUGAUACUUCUGCCGAAGUUAAAGGGGAAAUUGUCUACAAGUCUGGUUCUGACAUGUUUGGUUUCUCCAAUCCAGAUGUGAAGAAACUCAUCCAGGGGAUAUCUAAAUCUGGACUUUCUUCUUCAAGAUCAUUGGGCAAAGUAGCCUCCAAAAAAUACAAAAAUUUUCCCAUUGGUUAUAGACCUGUUCGUGUUGAUUGGAAAGACCUUGACAAGUGCAGUGUCUGUCAUAUGGAUGAGGAGUAUGAAAAUAACCUCUUCUUGCAGUGCGACAAAUGCAGAAUGAUGGUCCAUGCUAGGUGCUACGGAGAACUAGAACCAGUUGAUGGAGUAUUAUGGUUAUGCAACUUGUGCCGGCCUGGGUCUCCUGACUGUCUUCCACCGUGCUGCCUCUGUCCUGUCAUUGGAGGUGCAAUGAAGCCUACAACUGAUGGACGCUGGGCUCAUCUUGCUUGUGCUAUAUGGAUACCUGAAACGUGUUUAUCUGAUGUUAAGAAAAUGGAGCCUAUUGAUGGUCUUAAUAGAAUCAAUAAGGAUCGUUGGAAGCUGUUAUGCAGCAUCUGUGGGGUCUCUUACGGUGCUUGCAUUCAAUGUUCAAAUAAUACUUGUUAUGUAGCAUAUCACCCUCUUUGUGCACGAGCUGCUGGUCUUUGUGUUGAGCUUGAGGAAGAUGACAGGCUCCAUUUACUUGCUGCGGAUGAUGAUGAAGAAGAUCAGUGUAUUCGAUUACUUUCCUUUUGCAAAAAACACAGGCCGCCAUCUAAUGAGCGUUUAAUGGCUGAGGAUCGUAUAGGGCAAGCUGGACAGCAGUGCUCUAAUUAUACUCCACCAUGCAAUCCAUCUGGUUGUGCUCGUACAGAGCCUUAUAAUUACUUUGGAAGAAGAGGGCGCAAAGCACCUGAAGCCGUUGCUGCAGCAUCCUUAAAACGCUUGUUUGUUGAAAAUCAACCUCAUAUAGCUAGUGGUUAUUCCCAACACUUGUCAUCAGGAAACUUAUUGCCUUCCAGUGGAGUCCUAGGCUUGAAGUUUUCUCUUCAACAUUUGAAAACCUGUCAGCUUGAUCCUCAAAACAUACUUUCUAUGGCUGAAAAAUACAAAUUUAUGAGGGAGACCUUCAGGAAAAGACUUGCUUUCGGGAAGUCUGGGAUUCAUGGAUUUGGAAUCUUUGCUAAGUAUCCACACAGAGCGGGAGAUAUGGUAAUCGAAUACACGGGAGAAAUUGUAAGACCUCCCAUUGCUGACAGGAGGGAGCGGUUCAUAUAUAAUUUAUUGGUGGGUGCUGGCACUUACAUGUUUAGAAUCGAUGAUGAACGAGUAAUUGACGCUACAAGGGCUGGAAGCAUUGCUCAUCUGAUCAACCACUCUUGUGAACCAAAUUGCUACUCAAGAGUUAUAAGUGUCAAUGGAGAUGAACACAUAAUAAUCUUUGCAAAGAGGGACAUCAAGCGAUGGGAAGAACUUACAUAUGAUUAUAGGUUUUUUUCUAUUGAUGAACAACUAGCAUGUUACUGCGGCUUUCCAAGAUGUCGGGGUGUAGUCAAUGAUACGGAAGAGGAAGAACGAGUUUCAAAGCUACAUGUAUCGCGGACAGAUUUAGUAGAUUGGAGAGGGGAAUGAGGCAGAACUAUCAUGUAAAGUUAAUGGCAGCUCACCUUCAGCAUGACAUGUAGCAUUUUUGCGACGAGUUCUGGCUUCUCAACUCAGCAAUGUCUAAUCAGGCAAUUCUUUUUUUCCUUAAUCCCAUAUUUCCUAAUUGUACGAACACAACGUCUGACAGAUGUCGAGAUUAGCAGUCCAAAUUUACAAUAUUAGCAGAGCAUCAUAGGAAAGCUUAUUCUUAGUCUGGUUGACAUAUGGGUCCAAUGCCCUUGGUUUUGUAGAUUUGCCAUUAGUUGGGUAUCAAAUGCUUCCAUUGUUAACCAUUGAUUUUUUUUCCUUUGAGUUCAUUAACCAUUGAUCUUCUGUACAGAAUAUUCUGAAAGUAAUUGAAAAUAAUUGUUCUAAA